UUAUGCUCUGUGUUUGUGUUGUCAACCGUUUGUCAACAAAGCUAAUUUUUGCGUUUGCGGUACAAUAAAACGUAUUUAAUGUGUAUCCGUGUAACAUUUUAUUCAUAAACAUGAACCUCCAUAAUCUUCUAAAUAAAUUAUAACUGCAGGUAUCUGAUAGGAAUAACAAAUUUAAAGUUGCAUCCUCGUCCUACAUAACCUCUAAACAUUGUUAUUAAAAUAAACGAAAAUGUUUGCCGUAUCUCGGCAAACGCAUCCUGCUACGGGGAUUGAGCAUGCUAUUAGCUGCUGUUUCUUCAACAAUGAAGAGGUGUGCCUUAUCACCGCCGGCGCUAAUAUAGUGAAAGUGUUUAGACUUUUACCCGAGGGACACACCAAAGAGGUGAACGCCGCUGGACAACCAAUUCCACCUAAAAUGAAACUGGAAUGUCUAGCAACAUACACUUUAUGGGGUAAUGUGAUGUCAAUAGCCUCAGUCAAAUGUCCUAGCGCAGGGCGUGAUCUCCUGCUGGUAUCAUUCAAGGAAGCUAAACUAUCAGUACUGCAGUAUGAUCCACAGAUCAACAACUUGGUUACAUUAAGCAUGCAUUACUUUGAGGAGGAUGAUAUGAAGGGAGGUUGGACAACACACCCACACAUCCCAUGGAUCAGGGUGGAUCCUGAAUUUCGCUGUGCUGUCAUGUUACUAUAUGGACGAAAGUUGGCAGUACUACCAUUUAGGAAGGACAUUACUUCCGAGGAGGGUGAUCCUUUGGAAGCCAAGCCCUUGUCUGAUACAAAGAAAAAUCAAGUGCCACAAAACGUGACUCGUGCGCCGACACUAGCCUCCUAUGUAAUUGUACUAAAAGAAUUAGAUGAAAAGAUUGACAAUGUUUUAGACAUACAGUUUUUAUAUGGCUAUUAUGAACCUACAUUGUUAUUAUUAUAUGAACCAGUAAGAACAUUUGCUGGCCGAACAGCAGUAAGAAGUGACACAUGUGCGAUGGCAGGCGUCAGUCUCAACAUGAGCGCUAGAGUGCAUCCGGUUAUAUGGGCCACUGCGGGCCUGCCCUUUGACUGCAUCCAAGCUAUACCUCUACAGAAACCAUUAGGGGGAUGUCUAAUUAUGGCGGUGAAUUCGCUAAUAUACCUGAACCAGUCGGUGCCACCGUUCGGCGUGUCACUGAACAGUGUGGCUACACAUACCACCAAUUUUCCUUUACGUAUCCAAGAAGGAGUGUGCAUAACACUAGAUGGCGCUAGAGUGGCCGCUCUAGGCGAGACUCGCCUCGCUCUAGCGCUGCGCGGCGGACAGCUGUACGUGUUGACACUUCUCUCGGACUCCGUGCGCAGUGUACGGAGCUUUCACCUGGACCGCGCCGCAGCAUCCGUGCUCACAUCUUGUAUGUGCGUUAUAGAAGAAGAUUUCUUGUUCCUCGGAUCACGUCUCGGAAAUUCCUUGUUAUUGAGAGUGACGGAACGAGAAAAUAGGAUGCUGUUUUCAGUGGACAAACCUUUAGAGGCGACAGUAGACCUCACAGUACCUGAGGGCGAGAGGGAAAAAGAGAGGGAAAGGGAAACGUCUGAUUCGGCUGCUAAAAAACGACGAUUGGAGAACCUCAGUGACUGUGUCGCUAGCAACGUUAUCGAGAUAUGCGAUAAGGACGAACUGGAGGUGUAUGGAUCGGAUAUAAGGACGUCUACGCAGCUUACCAGUUACGUUUUUGAGGUGUGUGACUCCCUCCUCAACAUCUGUCCAAUCGGGGAUGUGACGAUGGGGGAGCUGCAACUGCUGACUGACAGCGAGGAGUCCAAGCGCGCGGAGGGGCUGGCUCUCGAGCUGGUCUGCUGCAGCGGGCGCGGCAAGAACGGCGCGCUCACCGUGCUGCAGCGCUCCGUCAGACCGCAGUUGGUUACUGCGUUCAAGUUGCCGGGUUGCAUAGACAUGUGGACGGUAAUUGGCGAGGCGUCUGAAGUCAAUCGCGACGCGCAUCGCGACAUGGAGGGGACUCACGCGUACCUCAUACUGACACAGGAAGACUCCAGUAUGGUCCUACAAACGGGCCAGGAGAUCAAUGAGGUGGACAACUCCGGCUUCAUGACGAGCGCGCCGACCGUGUUCGCGGGCAACCUCGGCAACAACAAGUUCAUGGUGCAGGUCACCACCACCGCCAUACGACUUGUGAGAAAUGGUGUACUGGUACAAUCGAUAACACUUGAGUGGACGGCCAAGAGUGCAUCAACCGCCGACCCUUAUCUGUGCGUGGUGUCCACGUGUGGCAGAGCUCUAGUGUUGGCCCUCAGAGAGCUGCGGGCUAGAGACGCCGCGUCGGCCCGUCUAGCGCCCACAAGGCAGGCCGUGCCUCACCGUCCGCCAUUACUGAAAGCUGUGCCUUACCGGGACUUGAGUGGACUCUUCACUAGUACGGAGGUUAUGGAAAAUGUGCAGGUGAAAGGCGAAUUUACGGGAAAAAUGAAGGGCAAGAACAUAAAGGCGGAAGGCUUCAAGCCCGGCGCUGUGUACGAGCUCAACGAUGAAGACGAGUUGCUGUACGGCGGCGACCAAACACCCGCUUCAAUGGCGAGCAUAAUGUUAGCGGAACAAUCCAGGAACCCCGGCGUACCGAGACGCGUGUCCCGCUGGUGGCGCCGGCAUCUCCAGGACCCGAAGCCAUCUUUCUGGCUAUUCGUGGUCAGAGACAACGGAAACCUCGAGAUAUAUUCACUGCCCGAGAUGAGACUGAGCUUCCUGGUACGCGAUGUGUGCGCUGGUGAAAGGAUAUUAGCAGACAGUCUGGAGUCCGUUCCAGUUCCCACGAAUCCAAGCGACGAGGAAGAAAUGAACACAGGGCACAGCGCCAACGUGGAGAAGUUACAGGAAAUAUUGGUCGUCGGCCUGGGGAACAAGGGCUCGCGAGUGCUCAUGCUGCUGCGGUGCGAUGGUGACCAAUUGAUGAUAUACCAGGCGUACAGAUACCCUCGCGGGAACCUGAAGAUGCGGUUUUCCCGCAUGCACGUGUCGUUCCCGUUCGGCUACCGGAGCGGUAUCGUGACGUGUCCAGACGAUGGUUACGAGGCGUCCGCGCUGAGGGACAGUGUGCGGCAGAUGAGAUAUUUCGGUAACGUGGGCGGUUAUAACGGCGUGUUCAUAUGUGGCUACACACCAUACAUACUCCUGCUGGGCGCACGCGGCGAGCUGCGCCUGCACCCGCUGUGCCCCGACGAGGGGCCCGUGUCUUCCUUCGCCUCCUUCAACAACACCAACUGUCCGCAGGGCUUCUUGUAUUUUAAUGCUAAGGUAUCGCUCAGAAUCUCAGUACUACCCACCCAUUUGUCAUACGAAGCCGCGUGGGCUGUACGCAAAGUUCCAUUGCGAGAGACGCCGCACUCGGUGACAUUCCACGUGGAGUCGAAGACCUACUGCCUAGUGUGCUCCACUUCAACGCCCACUCAGUCGUACUACAAAUUCAAUGGGGAAGACAAAGAAAAGUCCAAUGAGAAUAAAGGAGACAGAUUUCCGUACCCCUUGCAAGACCGUUUCUCCGUCAUGCUGUUCUCGCCCGUGUCGUGGGAGAUCAUCCCCAACACGCGGAUAGAGUUUGAGGAAUGGGAGCACGUCACUUGUUUGAAAAACGUCUCUCUGUCGUACGAGGGAACUCGAUCAGGUCUACGAGGAUACAUUGCAAUAGGAACUAAUUAUAAUUAUGGCGAAGACAUCACUUCGAGAGGAAGGAUAAUAAUUUACGAUAUCAUAGACGUCGUACCCGAGCCGGGUCAGCCAUUAACGAAAAAUAGGUUCAAAGAAAUCUACGCGAAAGAACAGAAAGGUCCAGUUACUGCGCUCACGCAAGUUCUUGGCUUCCUUAUAUCUGCUGUUGGGCAAAAGAUCUACAUCUGGCAACUAAAAGACAACGAUCUAGUGGGCGUGGCGUUCAUAGACACGCAAAUAUACGUGCAUCGGAUGUUGGCGGUGAAGAACCUCAUACUGGUGGCCGAUGUGUACAAGUCGAUAUCUCUGUUGAGGUAUCAGGACCAACAGAGGACCUUGUCUUUGGUUUCCAGAGACUUGAGGACUGCACAGAUAUAUGAGAUGGAGUUCAUGGUGGAUAACGCGAACCUAGGCUUCCUGGUGAGCGAUCUGGACGGCAACUUCGCGCUGUUUAUGUACCAACCACAAGCGAGGGAGAGCUAUGGAGGUCAAAGACUGAUCCGCAAAUGCGACUAUCACUUGGGCCAACAAGUACACGCCAUGUUCCGCAUAGCGGCGCGCAACUCAUCCUCGCCCCAGCCGCAGCGGAGACAUGUCACUAUGUUCACAACAUUGGACGGCGGGCUGGGCUACGUGCUGCCCGUGUCGGAGAAGGUGUACCGAAGACUGCUCAUGCUUCAGAACGUGAUGAACAACUACUGCUGCCACGUCGCCGGGUUGAACCCUAGAGCUUACAGGACGUACAAGUCAGCGCGGCGGGCGGCGGGGGGCGGCGCGGCGAGAGGCAUCCUCGAUGGCGACUUGGUGGCUCUCUACACGUCUAUGCCCAUCUCUGAGCAACAGGAUAUCGCAAAGAAGAUUGGCACCAAAGUGGAGGAGAUAAUGGGAGAUCUCUACGAAAUAGACAGACUGACGGCGCAUUUUUAAAUUAUAAGACUAUCAUUUUGUAAAUAUUUUCAAAUACAGUAUUCCACUGUAUAA